AUGGGCUGGAUCCUCAACUCCCUCGUUGAUUCCAUAGCAGAGGCAGUUAUGGAUAAUGAAAAUGCCCAGGACCUUUGGAAAGAUCUCCAAGAGAGAUAUGGAGAAGCUGAUUCUGUCCGACUAGCUCACAUUCGUGCCUCGAUUCCCGCCUGCAAGCAAGGCACCUCCCCUGUCACAGACUACUACAACAGGCUAGGGGUUCUAUGGACUGAGUAUUUGUCUUUUAAAUCCAUACCUGCUUGUGAAUGCGGUGAUACACCUCAUACUCUUUCUUGUGUCACCUAUGCUGCUGUUAAAGACUCCCAUGAACAAGACCACACCAUUGAUUUCAUCAUAGGUCUCAACGACACGUUUGAGAUGGCUAAGAAUCAGCUCUUGCUUAUGGAUCCAGCACCAAACUUGAAGGCUGCAUACAAACAUGCCCUGAAACUUGAAAGACAAAUGGGUAAGCAACAAACUAAAGAGGGUGCUGGUGUGGAUUCAGUAGCUCUAGGUGCUAUGAACCAGAACAAAGGCAAAGAAUCUAGAGGUGACUAUCCCAGAACUCCUAGACAACCAUCUUACCCUGGUCUUUAUCCCAAUCAGAGAAGUCCAAGUGAUAACACUGGAGGCAAUCAGCAGAAUCUCUUCUGCAACUAUUGCAAGAAGAACAACCAUAUGAUAGCAGAUUGCUGGAAACUCAAACGAAAGCGAGGGGAACCAAUUAACUCCAACUUUGCAGCUGCUGCAACCUUUGGAGGAUCUGAAGAACAAGGACAUGAUCCUCCCAUACAAGGACAGAACCAGGAUAACAGACCUGCUCCCAAUUCUACUACUACACUAAGGCUAUCCAGUGAAGACUGUUCAAGGCUGAUGCUGCAGUCGACCGUUUCUCUUUUGUUCUGCAGUCGACCGUUGGUGCUGUAUUCCAUCUUCAUCAUCAUCUUCUGUGCGAUCCAUGGAGUUCAACAGCCCUCCCAUACUCCAGCUCAAGCACAUUCUGUGUCCCGCUAUAUCAACCCUAUGCCUAACAAUGCAGGACCUUCCUUCACAGAAGAGGAUUGGUUCUGCAAGAGAAGUUAG